CCAUCGGGUCGCUCCUCCAUAUCCACCAGAUUUACCGAACGCGCUCUCCCAGUCACUGAAAGGAUCACAUCUGAGCCAUUGGUUCUGAAUCAUGCUGGAGGCGUGGAAAACCCAUCACUCUCAGCUCAACGACUGCACCCUGCGGGCACAUCUCCCAACACACUGCAUCGGGAACAGCCAGGACCAGCAGCAUCACUGGGCGACAAGGGCCUAUGCGACUCAAAGGAAUAUGCUACUACCAUGGGGCCAUUGCAGGAAUCCAGGCAAGGGGAGGACAAUCCGGCAGAUAUGGUUCCCACUAGCAUGUGUCUGCAGCCAGAAACCUAUCCGAUCACCGAGAAGCAGCUCGCGGACGAGGUCCGUGGCAUCUACGCAGGCUUGGUCAUGGUAGAGAAGAAAUGCAUCGAGAUCGAUCGCCAGCAGUCGGAGAGCAAGGAGGAGUUGACCAAUGCCCAAUGGCAAGCGCUGAUUGCCCUGCAUCGAACAUUGCUUCACGAGCAUCAUGACUUCUUCCUCGCCUCCAAUCACCCAGCCGCCAGCACAGUG